AUCAACUACCUCGCACGACAAUCUCAAGACGAUCUGCCCCUACUCAACAAGGACGACACAUUGCCAAACUUGCUCCAGCUACUCAUAGCGUACAACAACGUGCUCGAAAGGCACGAAUCUCUCGCCUCGAACCUCGGUGCACGACCUCUGGGACCAAUACUGAUUAAGCGAUUCGAGCGUUGCUUCGAUGCGCCGCCUAAAGUGGUGGCAUCGCACCACAAAGGUGCUUCGAGCACUCUCGACGAAAAUGUGCAUCACAUCACGUGGUUUGAAGUCAUCGAAUUCGCCCGUGCUCACCCGAGCCAGUUCACACUCAGCACGUUCUCCGAAGGCGAGAGAGUGUGUCAGUUCUACUACCCGCAAAAGCAGCUACGCGUGCAGAUCAGCGAGGAAGACUUCCUCUUCAUCAGCAGUGGUAGGUGCCAGGAGUUGAUUCCCCCGUUACCGAUAUGGGAAGACGAAGAGAAGGAAUUAGGAACGUGCGACGUGCUCGAAGCGAAGCUUAAGGAGCUUACGAACGUAGCGGAUAUUGUUGCUGCUCGGACCAGGCAGCUAAGUCACAAGCUGAAAGGGCGCAAAGUAGCCAUCUUAGAGCGCAGAGCGGAAGGUGGAAGCGGAACGCCUGCCAAAGUGAGCGCACAGCAGACGACUACUGCUCCACCAUCAGCAUCCGCCAGCGGCUUCACAGCGGUCAAUACCGCUAACGGAAGGUUGAGCCUCGAAGUGGAGGCGAACACACCCUCACUCGCCGCUUCAACUACACCUCGCCCGCCUCAGACCACUACGCAUGGCCACCGUCCAUCGAUGAGCAUUAGCGGUCAUACUUACAAUGUAGGACCGCCGCCGAGUAAACACAACUUCAGCCGUCCCUUGCCGCCAGCUCUGGAAAGUUCGCAGCCCUUCCGGCCGCUAUGCCAAGCCCACAUGGACAGCCUGCCACGCGGCCAUCGUGUGCUACCACCUUGCGACCGCUGUCGGCGCUUGCGUAUGGAUUGUGUGAAGAACUUGACUUCAUGCGCGGGAUGCACUAAGAAGCAUGCUCGGUGUCACUGGCGCGACGUCUCGCGAGACGAGCUCAGCGAGCUA